ACAUGAAAAUUAAAAUUCGGCUGUCAUGGCGUGAAUAGGUAUAAGGAUUUUAUAAAUAUACGCGAGUUUGUUGGUAUUCCAGCAUCUCGGACUGGCUCGUGGACCAAAAAUAAUCAUAGACUUCAGUUUGUAUGCCAUGUAGUGCUCCCUACGGAACUUAGUUUUACUAAUCAUUAACAGAAGAAAUUCUUUUUUUUAAACUGAAUAUAAAAAGACGCGAUUUAAAAGAAAAAUCAACAAAUAAAAUGUGUUAAAUAAAAAUUUUUAAUGAGAAUACUUUGCAUUUAUAGUCAAUGUGUGAAUGGUGUGUGAAUUUUUAGUGCAUUAUGAAGUGUUUUUGUGGAGUCAUUACCAAAUGGCUUAUUUUACUUGUGACAAGCACAUGUGUCGCCCGGGAUAUGCAAAUUGUCGACCAAUGGGCCGAUACAUUGGGACAAGAAAUUUUUCAAAUGGCCAAUAACGUGGCGCAGCCAAAUGUUUUAAAAGCUCGUUACAAAGAAAUGAAUACUAAGGUGGUUCAUAAGUCGGGCGAUGAAUUGAUUGAAGUAAUCAGAGAGAGUGUCGGCCGGAUGUUGCAUCGAAAAAUGGAUGCUGUACGUUGCAUUUUAAAAGCGGCAGAAAGUGCAUCUGAAAAUUAUGAGACGCCUAUUGAAUACAAGAAUAUAACCUACGUCAGUGGUAAAUUUAGUGAGGCACUCGAUGAAGAAGUUUUGCUACCUGAAAAUUUACGAAACGUCACUUACAGUGAAAUGACGCUGACACCAGAUUCCCAUUUUUACAACAUUCCUGUAAACAUAAAUUAUUCUUCCGUUCAAAUUCCAACGAAUGUUUAUGAUUUAUCGCAUCCAGUCGCUGAAGCCAUAAGUUGGUCUGAAGAAUUAGACGAAACCUUUAGGCAGAAUUACAGAUCAGAUCCCGCGUUAUCCUGGCAAUAUUUUGGAUCAACAACGGGAAUGCUAAGACAAUAUCCAGCAAUGAGAUGGAAGACUUUAAAUCCAAAGGAUAGAAAUCAAUUGGGAGUUGAUCCGUACGAUUGUCGAAUUCGAAGUUGGUACAUUGAAGCUGCAACUUGCAGUAAAGAUAUGGUCAUUCUCGUUGACAAUAGCGGAAGCAUGACCGGAAUUGGAAAAUCGAUAGCAAGAAGAACAGUGUGGUCAUUAUUGGAGACAUUGUCGAACAAUGAUUUUGUGGCGAUUAUGAAUUUUUCCGAUACAACGCAAGACGUGGUGAGAUGUUUUAAGGACCGAUUGGUUCAAGCAACGCCAGAAAAUUUAAAGAAGUACAAUGAACUUAUGCUCGAGAUGAAACCGGAUGGAAUAGCGAAUAUAACGGAAGCAUUUAUCAAGGCGUUCACUCUUCUAAAGAAUUACCGAGAGACGCGAGGUUGUGGACCCCAGACACCAUGCAAUCAAUUAAUAAUGCUCGUCACAGAUGGAAUUGCCAGCAACAUUACUGAGAUCUUUCAAGCGUGGAAUUGGGCUGAUAACAGUACAAAUAUUCCCGUGAGGGUGUUCACAUAUCUUUUGGGCAAAGAAGUGACGAAAGUACGAGAAAUACAGUGGAUGGCGUGUUUAAAUAGAGGUUAUUACGUUCACAUUCAUAAUCAAGAGGAAUCGCGGGAACAGGUGUUAAAAUAUAUAAACGUUGUGGCGAGACCUUUAGUUCUCCAAGGGGUUGAACAUCCGGUAAGAUGGACCCACGUUUAUGCAGAUGUCACGAAUCCGGCACUGUCCACGUGGCUCUGGUUGGUAAUGGACCACGAGGAUCAAAAGUCCCGUCUUCAAAAACACCUGAAAGGAAAAGAACUCGGCGUGAGAGUUAAUGAAGACACCAUCUACAUUAAACAGAUGGAAAUGGGAGAGGACGUGAGGGCAAACCCAUCGGAUUUAAAUUCAACAUUGUAUCAAGAGUAUAGACUUUUACUGUCCGUCAGUAUUCCUGUAUUUGACUUGAAGGGGAAUAAAAAUAAUCGCACAAGAAAAGCAAAUCUUCUUGGAGUUGCUGGAACUGAUGUGCCACUCGAUGAAAUUGGCAAAUUAACAUUACCCUUCAAAUUGGGCGUCAAUGGUUACGUUUUCAUAGUAUCAAAUAAUGGAUACGUUAUUUUACAUCCCGAUCUACGUCCAGUUUCCAAUGGCGAUCUUAAACUCAAUUACAAUAGCGUCGAUCUCACUGAAGUUGAAAUUCUCAAUGACGACAGCGAACCCCGUCAACCAGGACAAGAAAUUUUGAAGUUGAGACAAAUGUUGGUGGACCACGCAAAUGGGAGUAUGAGAAAUGUUUCCGUAAAGCUUCAUUAUGACUCUAAUAAGCGAGUGACGCUGGAGUAUCGCGACUAUUUUUUUCGAUCUUUGCCUGGAACACCGUUUGGAAUUGCAGUCGCAUUGUCAAAUUAUGGAACCACUUGGAUCAAGGUAGGAGACGAAAUUAGCAGAACAUUGAACAAGAACAUCAAUAUUUUGGAUCUAUUCGCUGGAGAAUAUUGGAGAAUAUAUCCUGGUUGGAUUUACUGUCGAUAUCAUUAUCCAGAGGGUCACAAGGAACGAGGAGAAAAGGAAUUGUUGCAUUUUAUCAAAUACUUUCAGGAAAAUACAAAACGUGGUGAGCCAUGGUACAUGCCAAGUCAGUACGACACCGACGAGCACGAUACAGAACUGAACUGCACCCGAAGAACAUUAGAUCGAGAAUCAUAUUACUGCAACGCGGAACUAAUGCAACUCUUGGUUUUUGACGCAAGAGCAACAUAUCAAAGUUUCGUUCAAGAAUUUCCAAUGAAUUACCUUGCAAAAACAUACAACGUAUUUCUACGUUUCAUUGCCACGCAAAGUGGACUCACAAGAUGGCAAUACAUCGGCGAUAAGAAAAUAGGCAAAGGAAUGUAUUACGAUAAAAUUGAAUUUGGCGAUUUGCAUAAGAAAGCGGUGAAUGAACCUUGGUAUAAGGGAGCUAUUUUUCAACAUCAAGUGGAUCCUGAAAGUGUUUCCAUAACUGUACCUCCGAAGUCAACAGUCAAUCCUAUAGUAACAGUCUCGAUGGGAAUAUUUCCAAAGGACGGAGGUUUGGAAGCUCCGGCUGCUGUUGUGGGUUUUCAGAUGCCCAUGAAAGCUUUUCUCGCACGCUUUAAGAACAUAACCUCAAGAACGACUAAUGAGAAUCUAAAUUGUGCUCUAGAGUGGAUGCAUUGUUAUUUAAUUGAUCAGAAUGGAUACGUAGUGACUGCCGAAGCGGAUUUCGAUCCUGUUGGCGAUUUUCUUGGAAUUGUUCAUGGACCAAUAAUGCAGUCACUCGUACUUCAGGGAAUAUUCAGUCCGGUCGAGAUCUACGACUAUCAGGCAUUUUGCGAGAAUAUUGUGAAGGCCGGUUCCGGAAAUUCUCUCAUAAAUCCUCUAAAGUAUAUAAUAAAAUUUUUCUCUUGGAUUCUAAUGCGAGUGGUGUGGUACACUGUACAUUUGAUGAAUUUGCCGGUUUCAUUAGCUGAGGAAGACGACGAUUCUCCUGAGGCUAGUUUGCCACAAGAACCCUUAUCCCAGGAGCAUGAGGAAAAUCAAAGGUAUCCUUGCGAUGAGAAGAGAACCCUCUACAUUAUGGAUCAAGCGGAAGCUGCAAAAGGUGUCACUAAUUCGUCAAUUCAGUGCUCCAGGCCCUUCUAUGCUCAAAAAGUACCCCAUACGAACCUUCUGCUAUUGGUUGUCAACGUUUUGCCAAGUACCUGCGAACUACGAUUGAGCAUCGAACCAGAAAUAAUAGAAGUUGACACCUUCACGAAUGCCAGUGACGGUAGACCUUGCCACAAAAUACCUCUCAAUGAUUUAUCACGCCGACGAUUGGAGUCCUGUUUCACGGAGCAUCCUCUAGAGGACGAAAUCGAGGCAUGUGGAGGGACAUCCAAACUCCAAGUUUCCUUAUUAUUACUGACGAUAAUAAUCUGUCGAAUAUUGUGUAAAGUUGUUGAAAAAUAAUAUAUUUAUAUCUGUUUAAA